AUUAAUUCACAUUCCAUUUAUAACACACUCAUAAUGACUAAUUUAAUGCGUUGGUUAAUGUACAUCGGCAUAUUUGCCGUGCCAUACAUUUGCAUUGUUUCGGGACAAAUCCGAACAAAUACAACUGAAAAGUACCUUUUUGAGAUACAAAUAUUUCCAAUUUUAUUGAUUCUAUUAUUUGGAUUAUAUGCAACAACAACAGUCACCUACAGAACUUUAACUUUUAACGAUUGUCCAGAGGCUUCCAAGGAAUUGCAUGACGAAAUCGAAGAAGCUCGCAGAGAUUUGACAUCGAAGGGAUUCAAAUUCCGUGAUUAAAUCAAUGGUGUUUGAUUUGU